CUCGCUCACCUCUCGUCCCUCUCCCACCACCCUCCCUCUCUCCCUCCCCGAUCCAGAUCGCCGCCGCCUCCCCCUCUCUGUCUCCCCGAUCCAGAUCGGCCGCCUCUCUUCCCUUCCUUCUGCCGCUUCCCUCUCUCUCUUCCCGUCGCCGGCGGUGGCGCCCUCCUUCCCUCACGCUGCACCUGAACCUCCCUCCACCGCCUCUAGGGUUCCUCUCCCUGAUCCCCAACCCACUAGCGCUCUACUCCUCCCUUGCUGCUGCCACCUCCGGCGCUCGAUCCUGGCGACCUCAGGCGGGAAUCGAAGACCCCUGUCCGACGAGAUCCGGCGCGCGCAGCGAGAUGCAUCUGCCUCUCCCUCGGUCCCCUUCCCACUCCCUACCACCACUCAUCCAUGGCUCCCUCACAAGAAGUCGCUGUCGCCGCCGCCACCAAGGAGCCAUCCAACAACGGCAAUGGCACGGCCGCCGCCCCCAAGACCAAGACGUCGGCCCUGAACGAGGGGAUCCUGUCCUCGAUCACGUGCCAGUCGGUGGCGGCGCACCCGUGGCACGACCAAACAAUCUACACAGUCCUGUCCUCGGCUUCGAGCAGCGCUGCCUCGCCAACACCAGAGGUGAUUCAUCCUCGACCCCAAGAAGCACAUCGACGUCGUCGUCGCAGUCCUCUCCCGCUUCCUCGACCCCAAGAAGCUCGCCAGCCUCACCGAUUACUGCAACGACCACAUCUACAUCUCCGAGUUCCUUGGCUUGACUACAGGAGGGACCCUAUCCAUCAUCCGAUUCUGAUUGACGACUUCACCUCGUCGAUCGAGAUUCCAUUCGAGACUUGUGGUUUCAGACUUUCAGUUCAGUUUGGUCAGAUAUAUCUCCUGCCAUGCUCUUCUAUUUGUGCUUAAUUGAUUCCUGGACGGUCGUGGCUAUCUAUCUUAGCCCCAUCUAUCAAGGACAAGAAGAACGAGAACAGGCGACUUCCUGCCUUCAGAAGAUGCCUAUGAGGCCAUCCAGCACUCCAUGGAUCAGGGGUGAGGGGAGGGAUGGCGGAGGCGUUCGACAUGUACCGGCAGUCGGUGAUCGGCGUGGCCCUCAUCGAGACGCUAGAUGAGAUGUGUCUCAUCCAAUGUAUGUGUGCAGGUCGGCGCCUGCAGGGUGGUCGCCGAGGACGCCUUCAACUGCAUCCACAGGGGCCAGAAUGGGGCGUUGGAGAAGCUGCCGGCCGGCAGAUCUGUGUGAAAGCCACCAUUGAGAGGUACAAAAAGGCCAACAGUGACACAUCCAACUCUCGCAAAGUUGCAGAAGUCAAUGCCCAGUUUGCUAUGUUAGGAGACCCUGGUGUGCUAUAUGGAGAAGCAAAGCAGCAACCCACAACCCGACCUGUGACUCCAGAUGAAGGCACCACGACGCACCAUGAUUAUCCCUUGGAACGUCAGCUCUUGGACAGUAACUUCCUCUCAAUUUGUGCUCUGCUUGAUAUCAAUUCCUUGUAUGGCUACUGCAUUGAUGCAAGUUGUAAUGUGCAGGGCUUGCGAGUUUGCACCCCGCCAUCUGGACGGAAAAAGGAGGGGGCAUCAUCCACACCGUGGAGUUGGUUGAGCCUUGAGUGCGACCUGGAGAAGCAGGGCAUCGUCUGGGGUCAUCUCUUGCUUGUGAUGUGAUGCUGGCGUUUUAUGUUUGGUCGCGAGCAUAAAGACGAAGAAGUCGGAAGAAGCAUAGUUCAAGCUCAUUGGAGCUAGUUCAAGGAGUAAUGAAGCCCUUCAUGCUGAUCGUAUUGGAGCAAAUUGAAGCACGAACUUGGCUCAUGUGACAUAUUGUACACCUGUAGAGCUUGUUAUACUGUGAUGACAUUUGUAUGUUUGUUGAUGUAACAGAUUGUUGCUUCUUGUUAUGAAGUAUUACACAUGUUUUCUGUCUAUUUUGAUUCAAAUAUUGGUUGUUU